CUUCCUCCCCACCUUUCAUAACAAAAUGGACUGGAAUGAGGACAAUAAUCCUCACCACCAGAUGGGGGAUACCUGUCACCAUGGACAUGGAGGUCACUCACACAGUCACGCUCCAAGAGUGCUGGGAUAUGGUGGGAUGGUGAAUGGCUUCAUGCCUGCUUUUCAUGGCCAGUUUGGUAUAAGCACAGAUAAGACGAUGGACUCCGGUCAAGUGUCAAAGAAGCGGUCACAUCUGGAUGACAGCAGCAGCUGGGACAUUGUUAAGGCAACACAGUUUGGGAUCUUGGAGCGGUGUAAGGAGUUAGUGGAAGCUGGUUAUGAUGUCAGACAGCCAGACAAGGAGAACGUCUCCUUGCUGCACUGGGCAGCCAUCAACAACCGCUCAGAACUGGUCAAAUAUUACAUGUCCAAGGGGGCUGUGAUAGACCAGGUUGGUGGAGACCUGAACUCCACUCCUCUUCACUGGGCCAUAAGGCAAGGCCACCUCUCCAUGGUGAUACAGCUGUUGCGGUAUGGAGCAGAUCCUUCUGUAGCAGACGGAGAGGGCUACCGCAGUCUCCACCUGGCCAUCCUCUUCCAACAUAUGGCCAUAGCAGCUUACCUUAUGGCAAAAGGACAGGAAGUUGACUACCCUGACUGCAAUGGACAAACACCACUAAUGCUGGCAGCCCAGAAAAUUAUUGGACCAGAGCCCACAAGCUUCCUUAUCAAGAACAACGCUUCAGUGAGUGCCGUGGACCAGGUCAGCCGGAACACCCCGCUCCACUGUGCCGUGUUGGCGGGAAAUGUAGACGCUGCCCAUAUCCUGUUAGAAGCUGGAGCAAGUGUGGAUGCCGAGAAUAUCAACGGCCAUACCCCUAUUGAUCUGGCUCACCAGGUACACAGUCCCCUGCUCAUCCACAUGCUAAAUCACAUCAAACAGGAGAGGAUCCGCUUCAAUUCCCGCUGCCUGAGGAUAGUCAACAGAUACAGGGUUAUUUUACAGUUCUUGUUCUGCAGCGCUGUUUUCGGAAGUGUGGCCGCCAUUGUGGAUAUGAACUCUGAGUCCUGGCUGCUUAAAAGCGUACUGCUAGUCUGUGUCAUGCUGGUGGUCAAUCUCACUUCAAGGAACCUAACAGGUCCGGCCUUCCGCACUGUGUUUCCAGCUACAGCUCUGGCAGCCUCAGUGUUUUGGAUGCUGGUCACUUGGUGUCUCUGGUUCCUGCCUGAUGAACCCAACGCCACAGUGCAGGUUCUGUUCACAUUAAACGCCGCCUCUCUGCUCUACUACUACCUCCGAACCUGCAGAACAGACCCAGGCAUCAUCAAGGCAACAGAAGGAGAGAAAAAAAUGAAUGUGUUGAUGCUGGCUGAGGCUGGUUGUCUGGACCCCAGGAUAUUCUGCACAUCUUGUAUGUCUAAGAAACCCAUGAGAACCAAUCACUGCCCUGUUUGUGAUGCCUGUAUAGCCAAGCAGGACCACCACUCAAUAUGGACCAAUAGCUGCAUAGGUGCACGGAACCAUCACUUCUUUGUUCUGUUUCUGGCGUCCCUCACAAUGAUGGAAGGGUGGAUGUUUUACGGUUCUGUCAUGUAUUGGUUCAACCACUGUCCCCUGCAUUAUGAGGAGCAGGGACUUUGGGGCGUUGUGUCUGCACUGGUGGGCUGCUCUCCCUGGGUCCUCAGUGUCUUCUGCCUGGCUCUCUACCACUUCUGCUGGUCCACAAUUAUGCUGCUGCUGCAGCUCUACCAGAUUACUUUCCUGGGACUGACCACAGCUGAGAGGUCCAAUCUGAUGCACCACCAGAGGAAACUCCCACAGUCCAUCUCUCUGAAACAUAACCCCUACAAUCUCGGCAUCAUGCGGAACCUGGUGUCGUUCUUCCAGAUUCGGUGUUGUGGGCUUUUCAAGCCGACUGUGAUCGACUGGACCCAGCAGUUUCCUCUAGGCCGGGAUCAGCACCUAUUUGGACAUGCUGACAUGGUUUGACACCCCCCCCCCCACCACCACCGCCACCACCACUGCCACCACCCCUCCAGAGAGGGUGCGAGGGUCAGUUUUCAGUGGUUCAGGACCAAACUAGAGAGAAUAUUUAUUUUUUACAAAUAUCUUUUGACUUAUUGAAGGGAGUGACCCACUAUAAAGGGAGAAUGUGUGAGGAAGUGUGUAGUGAUUGUUGAAUUCAGUUACUCAAAGUACAGGCUGCCUUAAACUUGACCACAGUAAAGUGAAAGGUGAAGUUAAUUCAGCUUUCAAACGCUUAAAUUGUAUAUGAAGGUUCUAAUUUUUUUUUAUAAAACAUGUAAGCAUAUUUUUAUCAUGUUUUCUUAUAAAAAUAUUUUAAAUGAGUAUAUUUUAUGACUUUUGUAUAUUAAAAAAAAAACAGCAUGCUUUUAAUAAUGAAUGGCUUCAGCAGUACUCUGGGUAUCUUGUGCCUGUCUUUUAAACCGGCUCCACGUGAACACCAUGCAUGCAAUCUAGAGUUUCUCACCUGGUGUACAUCUGUUUUUCUUUUCAAUCUAGUCUUCAGGUCUAUUAAAAUCUACAUGUUAUCAACCGAGGCAACGCAGAAGAUCAGCAGCCUUAAUUAUCCAUAACAUAAUGGGACUUUUUAUCUUUAGAUAUAUUGACGGGUCACAGCUAUCGGUGUCAGCGCUGGUUAAUGUUGUCAGGCGCGCCAAUGACGUCACGCCAUGAGGUCAUUCUAAGAUUUUUGCACUUUGGUUUUGCAAAUUUGCGUUAUUUUCUUUCCAGACAUCUUGGUGCAUGCUCUCAAUAAUCCAGGUAAGAAAAUCAAAGAAGGUUGAAUCAGUUCAUCUGGAUACAAUGUUUAUUGACGGAUACAUUUCAUCACUCAUCUAAGUGAUCUCUUCAGUCUAAACUGA